CCACCUUUACUCACAUCUCCAAAAAUCGGAAUAACACGAAUUUUUGUGAUUAUAUUUCUUAAUUCAAAAACAUGGGUGAUGUCGACAAGUGGAUCGAGAUAGUGAAGGAGUGCAAGUACUUGCCCGAGAAUGAACUCAAGAAGCUGUGUGACAUGGUCUGCGACAUCCUAAUUGAGGAAACAAACAUCCUGCCAGUGAGCACGCCCGUCACCGUGUGCGGCGACAUCCACGGACAGUUCUAUGAUCUGGAGCAACUGUUUCGAACUGGCGGUCAAGUGCCGGACACUAACUACAUAUUCAUGGGCGAUUUUGUGGAUCGGGGCUACUACUCGCUGGAAACGUUUACACGCCUGCUGACCUUGAAGGCACGGUACCCCAACCGUAUCACCCUGCUGCGGGGCAACCACGAGACGCGCCAGAUCACCAAGGUAUACGGUUUCUUUGACGAGUGCUUCAGCAAGUAUGGUAACGCCAAUGGAUGGAAGUACUGCUGCAAAGUCUUUGACCUUCUCACCAUAGCCGCUAUUAUCGACGAAGAGGUUCUGUGCGUUCACGGCGGCCUGAGUCCCGAGAUCAUCACCCUCGACCAAAUCCGCACCAUAGAACGCAAUGGCGAGAUACCGUACAAGGGUGCCUUCUGCGAUUUGGUGUGGUCCGAUCCCGAGGACAUGGAGUACUGGGGCCAGAGUCCACGCGGUGCUGGCUGGCUGUUUGGUCACAAUGUUACCAAGGACUUUAUGGCAAUCAAUAAUCUGGAUUUAAUCUGUCGAGCGCAUCAGCUGGUGAACGAGGGCAUCAAGUACAUGUUUGAGGGCAAGCUGGUGACGGUGUGGUCGGCGCCAAACUAUUGCUAUCGAUGCGGCAACGUGGCGGCCAUUCUCAGCUUCGAGACGGCGCAACAGCGACAGACAAAGAUCUUCCUGGCGGUACCGGAUGCCGAACGGGUGAUACCCAAACAGAAUACGACGCCUUAUUUCCUCUAAACCAUCACCGACGAUAACGUACUGUGAUACGAUGCCCCCUGCCUCUGCCCCUGCACCAUCCCCCUCAUGGAGUGAUCCGCCCACAGUUUAGUUUUCCUGGGAAAUACAUAUAUUUACGCUUUUGGACCAGCUGAAGCUGAAGCCCUUCGACUGAUCCACUUGUCUACCGCCCCUUACACACAAAAACACUCAACAAAACAUAUUAGAAAGAAAAAAAAACACACACUUGUAAUUUGCUAUCUACUUUUGUUAAUUGUUUUCAUAAAAGACAAAAGUGAAACACCAAAAGAACACAAAAAAUAUAAAAGUUUAAGUAUAAUUAUGGUAUAUACAAGUAUUGUAUUUAACGAUGAUACACGAAUGCCGGAGCAGCUAAAGUCUACAUAUUUUAUCAUAUUUUGUAUUCCACACCUAUUUAUUUCUGUACAACAACACAAAUUAUAUAUUUUGUAAAUUUUUUUUGUGUAACUAUAUACAUAUAUGCCCAAGAAACAACAAAACGCUAAUCAAUGCGGUGGCACAAGCAUGUAAACUAUAUUUAACCGAAAGUGUGAUCCCGAUCAAAAAAUAAACAAAAAACGAUUAAAU